AAACAGUGACGUAGAUCGAUUUAUGGAGUUAUCGGCGAACAGCCAGAGAUGACUCCUUGACCUCCAUACUGCACAGCAAACAUGGCGACGAAAGCAACAUCUACAUUGAGAAGCCUUGCUAGGUCUUCAUUGUUAUCGAAAUGGUGCCAACCGACUUGCUCAGCACAAUGGUCGCGUACCUUGAUCACCUCCAAGCCUGGCGCGAAACACCCUGACUUUGCCUUCGCUUUUGAUAUCGAUGGCGUUCUCCUCCGCUCCUCAGAUCCUCUACCUCGCGCACACAAAGCCCUAUCGCUGCUACAAACCGAACGCAUCCCCUUCAUCCUGCUCACCAAUGGCGGCGGCAAGCAUGAGUCGGACAGGGUGGACGAAAUUAGCAAGAAGCUGGAUAUCGAGCUGGACACAUCCAUGUUUGUGCAAAGUCAUACACCCUUUGCAGACAUGAAGGAGCUGCACGACAAGACAGUACUCGUUGUAGGAGGCGACUACGACAAGUGCCAAUUGGUCGCCCAGAAGUACGGUUUCAAGGCCGUUGUGACUCCCGGCGACAUCGUCACUGCCUACCCAGACAUCUGGCCCUUCACCAAGAUCUUCGCCGACUACUACCAAAAGUUCGCCAAACCGCUACCAGCUCCCAUUGAUGCCGAGAACCCGGAAAAGUCACUCAAGAUUGAUGCUGUCUUUGUAUACAACGAUCCUCGUGAUUGGGGUCUAGACACGACGAUUAUCACAGACCUUUUGCUGUCAAGAGAGGGAAUUAUGGGAACACUGUCAAACAAGAAUGGAGACAAGACGCUACCGAACAAUGGCUACCAACAGGAUGGCCAACCUAAACUCUACUUCUCAAACCCUGAUUUGUGGUGGGCUGCGAAAUACCACCUUCCACGAUUGGGUCAGGGAGGCUUCAGAGAAGGGUUGGAGGGUGUAUGGGCAGCCAUCACCGGAGGCCAGAAUGCAGGCGUGCAAUUGCAGAAGAAGGUUAUCGGCAAGCCUUAUCACGAGACGUAUGAGUUUGCAGAGAAGAGGUUGCGCGCACACAGAAACGACCUGUACACUGGUGAAUCGAUAGAGCCUUUGAGGAAGGUAUACAUGGUUGGCGACAACCCUGAGUCGGAUAUCGCUGGCGGUAACUCGUACAAGAGCGCAUUCGGAAGCAAGUGGUCGUCCAUAUUGCUCCGCACUGGCGUGUAUGCUGGAGGUGAGCCUGCUCACAAGCCUACGGUCAUCGUUGACGAUGUCUACGAUGCUGUACAAUGGGCCAUUGAAGACGCAAAGAACUAGGCAUAGAUUGCUCCUGCUAUGUAGAUAUACCCUUCCAUGACAGAUAGACAACAAGAUAAUAGUCAUUAGAUCAUAGAGUAUCUUUCCUAGACGUCGACACAAAAACACUACUCAACCGAAAAAUCAAUGGGUAUCUCUCCGCUAAUCAUCACAUCAUAAAAGUCAUCAACCAUACACAUUCAUCCUUCCAACCCUCUUUCAUCGACCCUUCCGCACGUCAUCACUUCUGCGGCGGUGUAACCUU